AUAAAAACUUUCAACGUAAGUAUAGCAUGGUCCUUCACUACUCUCUUAUACUCUGCUGUCUUUGAAGCUCACUCCAUUUUCAGAUUCAACCGCAAAACCCUAACGUCUCUUUUCCUCGCUCAACAAGUUAUUUGAAUUAAUUUGGGGGAUUUCAUUUCACUGUUCAAUUGAGUUAUGAUGGAAUUUGAUGAGUAUGAAUAUCUAGAGAAAACAGUUGAUAAUUCUGAGCUUAAGAACAAGAAUGGGGAAAAGACUGUGAAAUUGGAUGAUAGUGUUCGUAGUAGAAGCUCGAACUCGAAGCAUAAGGAUAAUGAGAAGCAUGAUGAUGUUGAUGUUGAUAAUUGGUUUAUGUAUUCGAAAUCUGGAGAUGGUUCUCGUGGUUAUGACAGGGAGAAAGAAAGAGGCUUGUCUCGGCGUCGUUCUAGACCUAGAGAUGGAGAUAAGGAGAACGAUCAGCGUAGAGGCUCUCAGGGUAACGGGGAUAGGAAGAGAGAUAGGGAGAGGGAGAGUGAAGGAAAGUAUAGAAGGGAGAGAGACAGAGAUCAGGAGGUUGAAAGAGAGAGAAGGAAACGAGGGAGUGAGGGCGAAAGAGAGAAAGAACGCACUCAACGAAGCAAAAGUAUAUCUGAAAGGAAUCGAGGUGAUAUGGAUGGCAGAACCCGAGAGACAAGUCGUGAUAGAGGAAUGGCAAGGGACACAAAGGAUUACAGAGACAGAGGAAUGGCAAGGGACACUAAGGAACCGGAUAGAGAAAAGUUGGAAAACAGACGGCAUAAUGAGAAAAAGGAAGAUGCAGCCGAACCUGAGACCGACCCUGAAAGAGAUCAAAGAACUGUGUUUGCUUAUCAGAUUUCUCUUAAAGCGGAUGAAAGAGAUGUUUAUGAGUUCUUCUCAAGGGCAGGCAAGGUGCGAGACGUUCGCUUGAUUUUGGACCGCAAUUCAAGACGUUCUAAAGGUGUCGGGUAUAUUGAGUUCUACGAUGUUAUGUCUGUUCCCAUGGCAAUAGCGCUUUCAGGCCAACCAAUUCUCGGUCAACCAGUGAUGGUGAAGCCAUCAGAAGCAGAAAAGAAUUUGGUUCAGUCUACAGCAUCUGUUGCCAAUGGACCUUCUGGAAAUUUAGGUCCUUAUUCUGGGGGUGCAAGAAGGCUCUAUGUUGGCAAUCUGCAUUCCAGUAUUACUGAAGCUGAUCUUCAUGGGGUCUUUGAAGCAUUUGGUCAAGUUGAGCUAGUUCAGCUGCCUCUUGAUGACAUUGGGCAUUGCAAAGGUUUUGGCUUUGUGCAGUUUGCCCGCCUUGAAGAUGCAAAAAAUGCUCAGAGCUUGAAUAGUCAAUUGGAGAUUGGUGGCAGGACAAUCAAGGUAUCAGCUGUUACUGAUCAGUCUGGAAUGCAAGAAUUUGGUGGAAAUACUGGUGAUAUUGAUGAUGAUGAAGGUGGUGGCUUGUCCUUGAAUGCCUCGUCCCGAGCAUUACUCAUGCAGAGGUUGGAUCGCAGUGGCAUUGCAUCAAGUAUCGUUGGUUUUCUGGGCAAUCCCGUUGUCAACAAUACAGGCCUUAAUCUACAAGCAACGGGAAACAUACCAGUGCUGACAAGUCCUUCUAUUGAUACAAUUGGCGUUCCAAGUGAAUGCUUAUUGUUAAAGAAUAUGUUUGAUCCAGAAAAUGAGACGGAACCAGACUUCGAUUUGGAUGUUAAAGAAGAUGUUGAAGCAGAAUGCUCGAAGUUCGGGAACUUAAAACAUAUAUACGUUGAUAAGAAGAGUUCUGGGUUUGUCUACUUACGAUUUGAAGAUACCCAAUCUGCUAUAGGCGCACAGCGGGCCUUACAUGGAAGAUGGUUUGCCGGGAAGAUGAUCACUGCAAGCUUUAUGGUGCCCCAGUCAUACGAGGAUAGAUUCCCAGACAGCAAAUAAAAUUUUGGAGGUCCAUUAUCUAAGUAGUGGAUCGAUGGGGAAUCUUGUAGCAGAAAUUGGCAUUCUCAGAAAUAUUUGAGAAAGAUUUUAAACAAAAUUAUGUUAUAUACACUUGCAGUUGCUAUACUUCACUUGUUUUUGGGAGAAUAUUGGUUUGAUUUUAAGCAUCUUGUUACAGUUUUACUGUUGUAGCCUGUAGUGUUAUUGGUUGGUACAAGUUUUGUGAGUGCUUUUAACAUUGAUGUAGUUCAUCUUCUGAUGCCAAUUACACUGAAGUUUUGAUGUAUCAUCAUUGAUUUGUACUAUGUGGCCCAAAUGGCAUAAGGGAAUCACAUUAAUCA